UAUGAGUAAACAAAGCACAAGCGAAAGUAGCUUUGUGUAGUAGACAUGUCGUCCGUAGUUAGGUGUCUGCUUUUUCUCGUCAUCGUCAAUAGUACCGGCAAAGCAGUCAAGAAGAAUAUACUAUUUAUAAUUGUUGACGAUUUACGUCCUGCACUUGGUUGCUAUAAUGAUGUAAAUGCUCACACACCCCACAUUAACGCACUUGCAAAAAAGAGCGUCGUAUUCAAACAUGCCUUUGCCCAGCAAGCGCUGUGCGCUCCAAGUCGAAAUUCAUUUCUGACCAGCAGACGCCCCGACAGUAUUCGGUUGUACGAUUUCUACAGCUACUGGCGAGAGACGGCUGGCAAUUUUACAACAUUACCCCAGUAUUUCAAACAAAAUGGUUAUCAUACGAUGUCAAUCGGCAAAAUCUUUCAUCCAGGUAUAUCAUCUAACUACAGUGAUGAUCAGCCAUAUAGCUGGUCUGAAGAACCUUUCCACCCACCAACUGAACAGUAUCGAGAUAGCCCCGUUUGCCAUGGUACUUCAGGGCAACCAGGGAGGAAUCUAAUUUGCCCUGUCUCUGUUGAACUACAGCCAGGAAAAUCAUUGCCAGAUUUACAGUCACUUGAAGCAGCAAAAAAAUUUCUGCGUGAGAAGAGAGAGGAGCCAUUUUUAUUGGCUGUUGGUUUCCAUAAACCUCACAUUCCCUUAAAAUUUCCACGAGAAUAUUUAGGUUAUCAUCCACUAGCAUCUAUAAAAGUUCCUGUAAAUCACAUAAGAACACCUACACUACCAACAGUAGCAUGGAAUCCAUGGACAGACAUUAGAAGGAGGGAUGACAUAGCAUCUCUUAACGUUUCUUUCCCCUUUGGACCAAUGCCAGAUGAGACAUCAAAAUUAAUACGGCAGAGUUACUAUGCAGCAACGUCAUAUAUUGAUGACCUUAUUGGACAGUUGCUGAAAGAACUUAACUCCCAUAAUUGGAAAAACAAUACAAUUAUCAUACUCACAGGAGAUCAUGGAUGGUCUCUUGGAGAACAUGGGGAAUGGUCAAAAUACAGUAACUUUGAAGUAUCAGUACGAGUUCCAUUAAUUAUUCAUGUUCCUGGUAUCACUGAUGUUCCUGAUUAUGUGAAAACAAAUGAAGUACCAAACAGCAGUGUACACCCAAGCAUCAGUAAUGCCAUUGUGGAACUAGUGGACAUAUUUCCAACACUUGUGGAAUUGUCAGAAGCUGGUGAUCUUCUGCAGCAAUGUCCUGACACAGAAAGACAACCUACACUCUGUACUGAAGGUGUGAGCCUUGCUCCUCUUAUCUACAAAGCAGGUUGGAAGGGGAAGUUCACAACAAGGAAGAAAGCAGCAUUUAGUCAGUAUCCUCGUCCAGGAAUGUAUCCAACACUAAAACCAAACAGUGACAAACCCCAUCUUUCUCAAAUAGAAUAUAUGGGUUAUUCUCUCAGGACACACACACAUCGCUACACUGAAUGGGUGUAUUUUCAGAAGCAAAUUUUCCAACCUGACUGGACAAAAGUUGUUGCAAGAGAACUGUAUGAUCACACAAUAGACCCACUGGAAGACCUAAACUUGGCCGACAGACCGCAGCUCCAUGAUCUAGUGCACAUGUUGAGUGCACAGCUCCAUGCUGGCUGGAGACAUAGUCUUGCCACUGAAUGAAAAACGAGAAGGAAAAGGAAGCUACAUCUAGCUAAAGUAUCAUACCACACACUUUUUUCCUUAUUUUAUCAAAUUGUAGUUCAAGCACACACAGCUCAUAUUUCAUUUUAUGAGUUUGUUCUUUUGUUAGUAAAGAGCACAUCUUAUGUUAUAACAGAUGUAUUUGAGAUUGAAAUGUGAAGCUUAUAUAUUUCUUACUUAUGCCAAAGCAACUGUUAUCUAAUAUUUUGGCAGUUUGUCAUUCAUUUUUGAUGAUGAAUAAAUACCAGAAUGAUAAAAA